AUUACAUACACGUAUAAGUUUCCGUGGAGAAAAGAAUGUUCACAUCACAUCAUUUUAUCUUUUUUUCCCUAUAUAAAGAGAGAACCACGACAAUCAUGACAAACCAUUCAAUUAAAACUAAGUAAAUAACCUCCCUAUAUCUCUAUUGCUACUACUUUUAAAUAUAAUCAAAACAGAGAUAGAGGGAGAUUGUUGAUUUAGGAUGGAGGAAGUAAAGAAGAGGGACUGUAUGGAGAAGGCAAGGCCGUUCAUUGCAGUGGUAUUAUUGCAAGUAGGAUUAGCGGGAAUGGAUAUUCUCUCAAAAGCUGUCCUAGACAAAGGGAUGAGUAAUUACGUUCUUGUUGUUUACCGUCACGCUGUUGCUACCGUCGUUAUGGCACCGUUCGCCUUCUAUUUCGAUAAGAAGGUGAGGCCAAAGAUGACGAUGAUGAUAUUCUUCAAGAUAACACUUCUUGGUUUGCUCGAGCCAGUGAUCGAUCAGAACCUAUACUAUCUAGGGAUGAAAUAUACAACGGCUACAUUUGCAACCGCCAUGUACAAUGUGUUACCCGCAAUCACAUUCGUCCUUGCCUAUAUAUUCGGGCUCGAAAGAGUGAAGCUACGGUCCAUCAGGAGCGCAGGUAAAGUGAUUGGGACAUUGGCUACAGUUGGAGGAGCCAUGAUCAUGACUCUUGUAAAAGGUCCAGUUCUCGACCUCUUCUGGACCAAAGGAGCAUCCGCACAUAACACAGCUGGGACUGAUAUUCACAGUGCCAUCAAAGGCGCAGUUUUGGUCACAAUCGGUUGUUUCAGCUAUGCAUGUUUCAUGAUUCUCCAAGCUGUCACGUUGAGAACUUACCCAGCCGAGCUCUCACUCACGGCGUGGAUAUGUCUAAUGGGGACAAUAGAAGGAACUGCUUUGGCAUUAGUGAUGGAGAAAGGAAACCCUAGCGCGUGGGUCAUUGGUUGGGACACUAAGCUUCUUACAGCUACAUACAGUGGGAUAGUGUGCUCAGCACUUGCUUACUACAUUGGAGGAGUGGUGAUGAAAACAAGAGGUCCUGUGUUUGUUACAGCUUUCAGUCCUCUUUGCAUGAUCAUUGUAGCAAUUAUGUCUACUGUCAUUUUCGCUGAGCAGAUGUAUUUGGGAAGGGUUCUUGGUGCGGCAGUUAUAUGUGCUGGAUUGUAUCUUGUGAUAUGGGGCAAAGGCAAAGAUUACAUGUAUGAUUCCACACCACAAAUAAAGGAUGAAUCAACACAGCCAAAGUUGGAACUAAGCAGAAACGGGAAGGAUAAUGUUGAUCAUGAAGUUAUCACUAUCAGCAGGCAAGGAGAACAAAGAAGAACAGUUGAAGAAACAGUCUAAUUGUACAGGAUGAUGGGGCACAAAUGUUUUGCUUGGAGGAUUCAAGAUGUGUAUCAGUUUCAUAUGUUGCCCACUAUGUUUCAGAGCAACCGUAGGAUAGAUUUGCUAACUAUCAUGGGAGGAGGAAAAUAAUUGUCCAAGAGGAAUAGAGAUUCAAAAAAAAAAAAAUAAUGAUGAAAAACUAUUGGAUUCAGACAAUAAAUAUGAUUAUUAAUACACUGUACUCACAACUCCAAGACCGUUUCCAUACCUAUACAGCAGAGUAUAUCUCGAAAAUGAAUUGUUA